UAACAACCGGAAAUCCCAACUGAAACCCCGCCAAAAUUCAACGAACUCAAGGAUUCAUCUCCUCUCCAAUGGCGACUACCUUCAGAUGUCUCGCCGCCGUUGCUCUUACUGUCAUCGUGUGUCAGUUCGACACCGUAUCCUCCGUCCAGAGGGGAGAGAUGGACUCCAUGUUGACAGCUCUGAGAAGCAACGGAUAUGGCCUCUUCAGCAACGCAAUUGUCACGUCGGACCUUGCAUUCGAUCUGGUCGACGGAGGAGACGCUGCUUUCACCGUCUUUGCCCCGACUGAUUCAUCUCUAUUUGCGCUUGACAUGGUGAACUCCGCCUCGGAUUACACCGCCACUCUCCGCUGCCACGUCGUUCCGCAACGCCUCUCCAUCCUCGGUCUCAGUAGGCUCCGCCCUGGCUCGUCGCUCCGUACUCUCGCCGCCGACCACGAUCUCCGCGUAGAGAGCCGUCCGUCUUUACCGUCUGGCAAUAUCAUAUCCGUCGACGGCGUUGACGUCGUCAUGCCGGGGAUGUUCUAUGCUCGUAACAUCGCAGUUCAUGGAUUGAGAGGCAUUCUCAAUUGCAGAUCUCGUGGCUCUGCUCACGAAGUACUGGUGCGGCAGCCGGAGUCUCCAUUACCGCCAGUGGUUGCUCGAACCGGCGCUCCCUCCCUAGAAGCGAAUCUCACCAUCGAUCAUUCCAACUCUACUGAUUCAAAUCGCAUCAAAAGGCUACCGAAAUCCAGAAAUUUCUCAGAUGUUAAUACAUCAUCGUUUGUUCAUUCUCCGAUUGGAAACUACAAAUUGACGCCAUCUCCGUCGAUUAAGUUCUCCAAUUACAUAGAUCCCCCUAGCGCCGCCCCCAUUUCUUCCACGGUUCCGCAUCACACCAGUGAUAUAUUUUCACCGGCCUAUUCGCCGGCGACGAUUAUAUACUUUCCGCCUGACGUUCAACAGGCAUUUGGCACAUUGUCGACAGUAGAUACGCCGACUGCUCUGUAUUUCUCUCCAGUCACUGAAACUGAACCUCCGGAGCCGGAAUUUUCUGAGAACGACGAUCCGCCUUCACUUUUUUCACCAUCACCAGCUACAAUGUUCAACAGGGGCAUACAGAAGGCUUCAAUUGUUGAAAUUCCUGACGUUUUGAGGAACAUGCCGCUGAUCUCUCCAGGUGAUAGCCCUGAAACCACAGAGGGUCUUGGACCGUCAGAUGAGAAAACUGCCGCUGAUUGUCCGGCUUCAGAGGAAUCAGCGCACGUCAAAUUCAACGAAGCCUAACUGUAUACACGUCAGCAAUGCAUCCCCAUAUAACCCGGUUUGUUAAUCUUCUUUUAAUUUUUGGUUCUAAGCUUCUUAGCUUUAACGCCUUCAAGUCCAAGAAUAUGUUUGUGAAGCUACUUGCUAGAGUAAUUCAGAUAUAGAAUGAUUUGCAUUGUUCUUGGCAAAAUGUGAUGAUGGCAAAUGAGUUUUAAGUUUUCUUUUAUCUAAUUCACUAAUUCA